AUCGCCCGCGCUCAGUGCUGGGAUUCCAGGCGCGCCUUCAGGCAACGCGGCUGCCUGCCGCUAGCGCUCCGCAGCGCUCCCGUGACGCCUGUUGCCAGCGCGGCGGACUGCGCCGAUUUCAACUCGCGCUGAUUUCAAGUGCGCUGGCUCCGAUCCGGAUUGCGUCGCUCGACUCUCAACAGCGGGCACCUGGUGUCGCGGCGGUACUUGGAGUUUUCUCCACUUGCCCCUGACGGAAAACCGAAAGAACGAGUGUAGUGACUGGACCGAGCGCGAGUCGUUGGUUUCGUACACGAGACGUUCUCCUUAUUUCCCUCGUGAACGCUUGGAGCGAAAUCCACGACAGAAGACUGUGUGACUGCGGGAUAUCUCCAAUUUAUUUCUGGACAACUCUUCCAUGGCAUGUACAGUGAUACUGCGGCCGAUCACUUUAUACUCCGGGGGCCUCUGAAAGAGACGGAGCAGCGGACGCAGCAGCGGCAGUGAGACGUCGCCGUGGCGCGGCCUCGGCGACAGCAGCGUCGGCGCCAUGAGCAGCCUCUGCCGCUCGUCACCAUUCUCGUCGCGCACCAAGAGCCUGCGCGAGAAGUUCGCCUCCAAACGCAGUUACUCCGAGUCUUUCAAGGACCCCCCUCCGGCAGCAGUCGGAUCCGCGACGAGUGCGGCGGCACAAGAUGCUUCCUCUACAAGUGCCCGGUCUCCACCACGACCAGAGUCCGGGCCGGGCUACCUGAGUCAUUGCAGCGGCAGCGCGGAUGCGGCCAGCGGCCUCGUGAUGCCGCCAUCGCUGCCCGGGUUUAUGCCUUCCUACACGGUCAUGCCCGAGGACGCCUACUGCAGCGCGCUGGACAUCAACUGCCAACAGGGAGACCCAAGGUUCCCGUGGCAGCGUGACGCGGCAGUGCAGUGCGACCUGCGAGGCUCCUCGCUGGUCAACUCUCGCUCCUCGACGCACAUCGACGGUGGCCGAUGCUCCCCGGGCCUGUCCUCGCUCAUCCGGCCGUCGUCGCCAGCCGCAGCGACCAGGGCCGCCAUCUGCGGCAGCAGCGUCGGCGACAUCUUCAGCACCAGCGCGGCCGGCUCGCCUCCCACGCCGCCGCCGCGCCGCUCGACGCCGGCGCUGCAGCGCGCCCUGUCGCUGGAGCGGAGCGCGGCGCGCAAGAAGGGCGCCUCGUCCCUGCUGGCGGGACACGCGAGCGCCUCCGCCUCGCCCGGCGCCCAGCUACCGCCAGCGCUCGAGGAAGGCGGCACCGCCGCCAACGGCAGCGCUUCCGCCGGCAAUGCGGCCUCCGCGGCGGCCGCCCGCGCGGCUUCCUGCACUCCGCAGCGGGCGCAGCCGGUCAGCCCGGAGCCCAACUCGUCGGCUUCGCCCAGGUCUGGCCAGGCGUCACCCGCCUUCACGAGGACGCCCCCGGGCGAGACGACGCCUCCGCUGACGCGUCGGCCCAGCGCUGCCGAGCGCCGCAAGAUGUGCUUCGUGCGGAAGCAGACAAACUCGGCGCCAAACUCGAUGGACGAGGAGGUGCCGAGUCCGUCGUCGUCUUCGGUGUGCAGCGGCGGCGCCCCGUCCACGGCCUCGUCGUAUCUGUCGCGUAACACGUCGGUCGCCUCGGCGCCCACGGGCUCGUCGUCCUGCGGCACCGGGUCGGACAGCAGGCCCGGGUACUUCAACUUCGAGUCCAUGCAGCGCCUCCUCGACCUGUCUAUGAAGGUGCCCGGCGAGCGCAAGUCCUUCUAUCUCGAUAUCCCGUCGCAGGAAGGGCUUGGAGCUUGCCGUGACGGCAAAGCAGCCUACCUCAGCCUGCCGUCACCCAACCUUCAGACGGAGGAGCAGGAGAGCAGCAUCGUGUUCAAGAAGCUGUCCAAGCCAGAGGAAGAAGAGGACGAGCAGGACGAGUUCGUCGAGCCGCCGGCCUCGGCUCUGCACAGGAGGCAGGCGCUCGUCCCGCCAAAGAUGCUCACAGACGGCUACGAAAGUUCUAGCGAGGACAUUUCCACGCAGGGAUCGGUGUCGAACGACCAGAACACGCAGAAGACGCGAAGGCGAAGUUCGAUCGUGGUGAUCCCGCCGAUGCAGAUCUGCCCGGGGGACCUGCUCGUCUACAGCAAAGUUCUCACGCACAGAAACAACCUCUUAGCAGAUAUCGACGGCUCAACCCAGUGCCUUGCAGUUUCAGAAGAUUCAACAAGAAAAGCUAAAAAUACCUGGUCUCUGUUACGGCUGUUUGACAGGGCCAACAGGGCCAAGACCGAGUGCCUUGGCGGACUCGAAGAGGUCCUCAGCACGCUCAGGCCGUCCGAGUUCUGCGACGAGCAGCUCGCCAAGUACAAGGGCAUGACGUGGGACUCCUUCGUGGCGUCGCUGAAGAAGCGCGACGCCGGCAGCGACGACGAGGACGAGGACGAGUCGAGCAGCGGGGGCGCCGGCUCUCCCAGGAGCGGCGCCGCGUCGUCUUCGGCGGCUGCCGCCUCGUCUACGAUCGCUGCCCCCGAAGGGCCGGGGGGCCUGUCGGUGCCCGGCGAAGCGGACCGGGGCAGCCCGACGGGAGAGGCGCUGCAGAGCCAGUUCCUGCGCACCAUCAACCAGACCAUCCAGAAGAACGAGGCCAAGAAGAAGGAGGCACUGUGGGAACUUUUCCAGAGCGAGUGCAACUUCCUCGAGGACCACCUCAUGGUUCUCAAGAAUGUGUUCAUGGAACCACUAAAGAAGAUCCAAGUGGAGGGAUACGCCAUGUUCGCCGAGCCGGAGGUGCUCUUCGGAAACCUCGAUGAACUUUGUUGCGUCACUUACGCCUUCUGUAGAGAGUUUAUCAACUUUAUCCUGGCCAGCCACAACUCUGGGGAGUUUAGCACGACAGACGUCCUUAUUAGACUUUUCAAGAAGAGCACAAAGGCAGCGGCCCUGAGGCAAGCCUACCACAGAUACACGCUCAACUACAUAAAUGCGCUCAACUACUUGGAGACGCUCAGGAGGCAAGUGGAAUUCAACGAGUUUGAAAAGUGGUGCGCCCGGGACCCGCGCUGCAAGAAGCUCCAGCUGACCGACCUGCUGGUGUCGCCGGUGCAGCACAUCAUGCGCGUCCCUCUCAUCCUCAAGGACAUCGAGAUGCGAACCGAGGACAUGGAGGAGCGGGACUGCAUCACAGCCAUCCUCGAGACUGAGGAGAACUCGCUCCGGGAGCUCGACGACAAAAUGAAGUGGCUCAAGAACUUUGAGCGGCUGCUGGAGAUCCAGAGAAACAUAGUGUGGCCACCGGUGACCGAGCUAGACUCAAAACUCUACAUUCCCGAGUUCCUGAAAGUACCACUUUCAAAGCAACCAUGUGAAAGGCUAAUCGUCAGUCCACGACGGCAAAUAAUCCUCGAGGGGCCACUGCAGAUGCUCGAUACCUCCAAAAGCGGCUUUGAAGUUUACGUAGUCCUUUUUGAUGACAUGAUUCUAAUCACGAGAAAGAAGAAAGGACUGAGCAAAAAGAAAUCAUCACUAAACCUGGACACAAAACCCAGCCAAGAUAAAAAGAACAAUGCAAUACAGGAUGGCGUCAAGUACAUAGUCUACAAGCAGCCUCUGUCCCUGGACCGCAUCUGCAUCCAUGAUGUCAGUGCACAGGAGGGUGCUGCACACAACCUCAAGAAUGUCUUUGUAUUUGUCUGCUUAAAUCGGUUUCAACAGAUCAUCACAGUGCACACACUGCAAGCCUCAAAUGAAAGCACAAAGCUCACCUGGCUGACAAAACUCCGGGACACCGUAGACAGAUGGAAGAGGACACUGCAAAACACUGUGUUCCGGAAUCAGAGGAUACCAGCCAACAGUAGCGCACCGCCACCACCGAAGUAGGCACAAGACUCCCUCACCCCACUACAGUGUGGGGCUUCAGACCAUAUGUACAUAUAGGAAAGGCACAAGUGUGGCUUGGGCCAUUUGCACCAGCAGACGUUAAAUGCACGAACUCCACAACCUGCACAACAUGUCCUCAACAAUGUCAGGCCUGUGAGCAGUGGGCCACCGCAAAGUGUCUUGAGAACGUUCCUGAGGUUGUUCCCCACUAGAGGUAGCAAUCCAAGUGGCGUGGUUGUAACUGUCGCAGCUCCUGCUGCUCAAAGAAGCUGACAGGGGAAGCACAGUUCAAGUGUUUCUUACACGACUCCUGUCGAGACCAUAACCUAGCAUAGCGUUGCUCUACAAUUGUGUCUAACGCAUCCUGCUUCCAUCCGCAUUGGUUCUCUUCAGAGGCACCUGCUAUGUUGCACACACCACCCAUCAAGCACUUGGUGUUGUCAUUUGUUUUAUGCAUGUGUAUAUAUGUGUAUGUAAGCAUGUAUAGUCUCACACUCGGAGCAUCUGCAAGUAGGUGCACAUCCGUGCAAGCUUUGUUUCCCGUUUUGUUCAUUAUGGUAAAUGAAAACUUUCUCGCAAGAGGACAGAGUGAGUGAACUGAGGGAGUGAAUCCUCUGCUAUUCAGGUUGCAUUGUUUCUUGGUCAUUUCAACUGAGAUUGUUUCCACCAACGCCUAUAUACCAAGAAUACUUGGAGCAGGAUCAUGGAGCACAUCAGAAUUAGAAUGCAAGCAUAGCAAAAAUUAUGAAGUAGCUUGUCUUCAGCAACACAACUGAUGGAAAAACAUAGAAGAUACUUGGGAACAGCGACACUCAAAUGAAAUAAUAAUAUGAAGCACCUGUCCUUGUCCUUACUUAACCUUAACAGGAGAGUUGAGCAGAUGUCUGCUAGCGAAAUCCUGUAAUGCAGAUAUGAUCUGAGUUAGAAAAAUGGCAGGAAACAUACAACAGUGCUGACUUAACUUGAUUUAACAGUGUCAAUGUCCCACUGAAGCAAAGUGACCAAAGAAGAAAUGAUGUGGAAUGAGUAUUUAUCAUUCAUGGGUGUAAGCACAAAAACAACCUGCACUUUCCUCAUACCAGUUUUGCCAUUUCACUUAUUUCAAUCUUCCUUUAAGUAAUUCUUGCUCAUGCUUUGAGAUCAGCUCAUUGCUCAUAUAUCAUUAAACAACACAACCGAUGUGAAAUGGCACGGCAUACAGCAGCUCUACUUUCAGAUUUAUACCCCUGUCAAGCGGGCAAGCGCACUUACGGAAAGUGCACUUCGGCACCCUGAGUGACAUUUUAGGCUAUGCGGUGCUCAACGGAAAAACAGAGCGCACACUCGGUAAAAAAAAAAAAGAAAAAAUGUGGCGACAGACUAAGAGCGCAUUUUUUGAAAAUGUACAUUAGAAAGAAAUAAACUACAAAAACGUGAUUGUUUUAUGUUGUAUUAUAAAUAAAAGAAAA